AUGACUGUUGAGAAGGCACUGGCUGAAAGGUCAGCGGAAUUAGCUUCCAACUACGAUAAAAUCUGGCAACAGGUCCAGACCACAGCUAAGGGAAGGCAAGUCAGAUUAGUCGCAGUCUCUAAGCUUAAGCCGGCUUCAGACAUCUUGGCUUUAUACGAGCACGGUGUUCGCCACUUUGGAGAAAACUAUGUUCAAGAAAUGAUUGGCAAAGCUAACGAGCUUCCAAAAGACAUAAAAUGGCAUUUCAUCGGAGGCUUACAAUCCGGAAAGUGCAAGGAUUUGGGCAAAGGUAUCGAGAACUUGUAUGCUGUUGAAACGCUUGACUCACUCAAGAAGGUCAAGAAACUCGACAAUGCAAGACAGAACGCUAAGCUUCCUCCAAUCAAUAUCUACCUCCAGAUUAACACCUCCUCAGAGAGCCAGAAAGCUGGCUACAGUCUAGAUAAUCUCCAGGAAAUUUAUGAAACGGUUGAAUAUCUCAAGCAAAGCGAGUCAUUGAAGUUGGACGGUAUCAUGACCAUUGGUUCUUUUGCUGAGUCGACCUCCGAUGCCGGCAUCAAUCAGGAUUUUGCCCGCUUGGCUGACUUGAAGGAGCAAUUAGACGAGAAAUACUCCAUUGAUUUACAGUUGAGUAUGGGCAUGAGCAGUGAUUUCGAGGCCGCCAUCGAGCAGGGGUCCUCAAGUGUCCGUGUGGGCACUUCUAUUUUCGGAGCAAGGCCUCCGAGAAACGGUCAUUAA